CGGCCGCCGCUCCGCCCCUGCCGUGCGCCGGGCGGGCGGGACGGGGCUGGGACCGCCCCGGCGGCGCUGGGGUAGAUCCCGGCGGGGCUGCGAGAGCGGCGAGCCCGGCCCCAGCUCCAGCCGCAGCCCCGCAGCGCCGGCCGGACGGUGGCGAGGCCGGGCCGGCAGCACCAGAUGCACGGGGUGUUGUGUGCUGGCGAGCUGCGGAUGUACACACACACAGCAGCCUCGUUUUGUAUCAGUGGCAUAACCACACAGCAGCCGGCAUGUUCGGAACUCCUUGUCCUGGACACCCUGCCAAAGAACUUGGAAUAAGAAUUCCUAGACCACUGGGACACGGACCAAGCAGAUUCAUCCCUGAGAAGGAGACAAUUCAGGUGGGAAAGGAGGACGCCACGAUGCACACGCUGUUUGCUGAGUCUUUUGCCACUCUGGGCCGACUGGACAACGUCACCUUGGUGAUGGUUUUCCACCCGCAGUAUCUGGAAAGCUUUCUGAAAACUCAGCACUAUCUGCUGCAGAUGGAUGGCCCGCUGCCGCUCCAUUACCGGCACUACAUCGGGAUAAUGGCUGCAGCACGACAUCAGUGCUCUUACCUUGUUAACCUCCAUGUGAAUGACUUCCUUCAUGUCGGUGGAGACCCUAAAUGGUUGAAUGGUCUGGAAAAUGCACCCCAAAAAUUGCAAAAUUUAGGAGAACUGAACAAAAUGUUGGCUCACCGACCCUGGCUUAUCACCAAGGAACAUAUCGAGCAACUUUUGAAGACUGAAGAGAACAGCUGGUCCCUGGCAGAGCUGAUCCAUGCAGUUGUUCUCCUUACACACUACCACUCCCUUGCUUCCUUCACGUUUGGCUGUGGGAUCAGCCCAGAGAUCGACUGUGAAGGGGGUCACACCUUCAGGCCCCCCUCUGUCAGUAACUAUUGCAUAUGUGAUAUAACAAAUGGUUACCACGGGGUGGAUGAAAUCCAUGCCAGCCAAGCUGGAAGUAUUCCAUCUACAGAGUCUGUCUGUGAAGUUGAAGCUCUUAUGGAGAAAAUGAAGCAGCUGCAGGAGUGCAGAGAUGAAGAGGAAGCCAGCCAAGAAGAGAUGGCCACGCGUUUUGAAAGAGAGAAGAGAGAAAGCAUGUUCGUGUGUUCUUCAGAAGAUGAAGAAUCUGCAGCAACAAGAGAUGUGUCUCGUCACUUUGAGGAUACCAGCUAUGGCUACAAAGACUUCUCCAGACAUGGAAUGCACGUGCCCACCUUUCGUGUUCAGGAUUAUUCCUGGGAAGACCAUGGCUAUUCCUUGGUUAAUCGUCUUUAUCCAGAUGUAGGACAACUACUUGAUGAGAAGUUCCAUAUUGCUUAUAAUCUGACUUACAACACAAUGGCCAUGCACAAAGAUGUGGAUACCUCAAUGCUAAGACGAGCUAUUUGGAACUAUAUUCACUGUAUGUUUGGAAUAAGAUACGAUGAUUAUGACUAUGGUGAAAUUAAUCAGUUGUUGGACCGCAGCUUUAAAGUUUAUAUCAAGACUGUGGUUUGCACUCCUGAAAAGACCACAAAAAGAAUGUAUGAUAGCUUCUGGAGACAGUUUGAACACUCUGAGAAGGUCCAUGUAAAUUUGCUUCUGGUAGAAGCUCGGAUGCAAGCCGAACUACUUUAUGCUCUGAGAGCUAUUACUCGCUAUAUGACCUGAUGUCUCUGGCUGCCUGUCGACGUUGGAAUGUUCUGCAGCUGCAGUAUGGCAGAGGAAGAUAUGAAGCCUCAGGACCAACAGUAGCUAUAAGAUGCCCAUUGUGCCAUAACUCCUUUAGUUUCAGCUAUUUCCAUGUUUGGAAUAUCAUUGCUGCCACUGGGCAGCGAACGCUUGGCAGUUGACAGACAGGGUUGUGCAGAAGUGCUGCCUGCUCAUGGUAUUUUGGCUUUAGACAGCCCGGGACAUUCUCUGAACUUGUGGCAAUAUAGCAAACCAUAGAUACAUAGAUCUUGUGUUAAGGCAAAUACUGUGGGAGUCGGAGCACGAAAAGAACUGGGACUUGAUGCCAUUUGCUUUCCCUAUGAGAAUAAUUUUAGAAAAUCUUGAUGCUGCUAUUUGUGCAGGUGGAGUGAACAGACCCAGGCUGUUCCAGUUGAGCUAGAAGUGAACGUGAGCACUGCUAUUGUCUGAGCCUUUACUGUGUGUGGUUUCAAAAAAGCCUUGUUAUUUAGAUUCCCUGUUUAAUCAGAACUAAACCUCCUCUGUCCACACUGAUAAUCUGAAAGAUAGCAGUCAAUUUUCUCAACUAGUUUAGCCUUAAAAAACAGGAUGUUUGUUCAGCAUUAUUUCGUAAGCUCCAAAGUGCAAUGGUCUUCCUAUGGAAAGAAGGGGACUGGAGUCCUCAGAGCUUCUUAGAGAUCUACCUACACAAAGUGUCAAGUAGCUUCUUGUCCUCCUUUUCACGGAUGAACCAAGAAGGAGCUAGGACAAGGUGUGGGAAUGUUGUUCUAGACUGCCAAACAGUCCUACUGUAUUACAUGCCCAACGCUGGUCUUAAUGAUUUUUGCAGUUGCUUAAAUAACUAGGCUAAAAAACAUCUAUUUUUAGUAAAUCAAAACAUGAUUUAAAUGCUGACAUUUAAUAUACAGUGGUUUUGGAGAACACAUGAAUACUUUUGUAUGAGUGUGAAUUGCUUUUUAAAUUUGUCAGUAUUACUGGUAUUUUUGAAAUAAAGGUAACAACUUUU